AUGACUGAGGAUCAAGGAGUUCAAAUUCUUAAGAAGAGGACCUUUAGGACCUUUAAGUAUCGCGGGUAUGAAUUGGAGAAGCUCAUGGAACUCCCAAUUGAGCAGUUGAUAGAGUUGCUUCCUGCCAGACAGAGGAGAAGGUUUAGCCGAGGUGUUAAGAGGCAGUCCAUCACCCUCCUCAACAAGCUCAGAGCUGCCAAGAAGGACGUCCCCUACGGCCAGAAGCCUGAACCCGUAAAAACACACUUACGUGACAUGAUCAUAAUCCCAGAGAUGAUUGGCUCCAUAGUUGGUGUUUACAACGGGAAGCAGUACAUCAACGUCGAGAUUAAGCCUGAGAUGGUCGGCUACUAUCUCGGCGAGUUCUCCAUAACCUACAAGCCUGUGAGGCACGGCAAGCCCGGAAUUGGCGCUACUCACUCUUCAAGGUUCAUCCCAUUGAAGUAA